AUUAACCAUUUGAAAUGUAAAUGUUAAAAAAUAAAUCGAAUUGUUAAGGUUUUUCAAACCGUGACAUUGUUCAUUGACACGUCAAGUGAAUUGGAAAAAUUCAUCAGUACAGUAAAAUCAACUGGACGAAUAAGAACAAUUUGUCAAACCAAUUGUUCAAAUAAAGUAUUUUAUUUUCAUUUUUUUGGAUAAAUCCAGUAAUAGACUCAAGGUGAAUUGGGUCAUAUGAUGACAAAGUGAUUGACAAUUCAUCUGAAUAAUAAUUAUUAAUUCAACUGGAAAUGAAGUUUCAACAAAAUAUUAUCAUGCAAUUGCCAAUGUUGGUUCUAAUCAUUGCACUUGUAUCAAUGUGCACUGUGUCAAGCCUAAAAUUACCUGAUUUAUCAUCACUUUGGAAUAAACUUGGACAUGGCAAUGAGACAGCAACAAAUUCAACUAAAACAGAUAAUUCAACACGUUCUGUUAAUUCAACAGUAACAGUACCAACAUUACGACUUGAUGAUACAGCAACAUUUAAUCCAGAUGAUAUAUUAAAUCAUAAUAAAAAUAAAACAUCAAUAAUUGGUAAAACAGAUAUUAAAAAAACAAUAUCAAUUGAUGAAGCUAAAAAGUUAAAUGACGGUAAAAGUUUACCAGUUAUACCAAUUAACGGAACAAAAUUACCAGCAGCAAAAGAUACACCACAAAAAGUACCACAUGAUUUAGUUAAAGAACCAGAAUCAAUUGAUCUAGCAACAAGAAAAUUAUUUGAACGGGAAGAUUAUGGUCCAACACAAAAAACAAAUGUAACAAGUACAACAAAUACAACAAGUACAACAAAUUCAACAAUUAAAAAAAUAACUUGAUUGUAUAAUUAACAUAAAUAAUAAUUAUUAACAAUAAUAAUUUGACAAAUUAUAUUCUAUCAUUAAAGAUUUUUAUUUCAUAAUAUUACACCAACAACUAUUAUUGAAUUUUUAUAAUAAUAAUUACUUAUUAUAUUAAAAAUGCGAAUAAACACUUAAUCAAUAAUAUUUAUAUAUCAUAUAUAUAUAUUUUUUUUUUUUCAUAUAUAUAUAAUAUCAUUAUUAAUUUAUAGCCUAUUUAUGUGAAUGCAAUUUAUCAGGGUAAAAAAACUCCUUGACAUAAUAUUGCAUUCAAUAUCAUUCUAUGAUUUUUUUUUUUUUAUUUUUCUCUCGCUUACAUUAUCUUUCAGGGGAUUUUUUUUGUGUGUGAUUAUUAUUUAUUUUUAACUAUUAUUCUUUUUGUAAUGAUGGAAUGCGUUAUUACAAUAAUUUUAAAAAAUUGUCAUUGCAAUAUAUGAAAUAUAUAAUAAAGUAAACAAAGUCGCUUAAACUCCACGGAUUAUGAGCUUUUGUAAUGAUUAUUUUUAGCAUUUUUUUGAUUGAAUAAUCUGUGAUUAGUUUUAAAAUAUUUAUAACGAAAUAAUAGAUAUGGUAGAUAUAUUUUAAUAGUUCAUGAAAAAUAUGAUAUGGCUAUGAUUUGCUUGUUUUUUAAUACGAUUGUUUUAUAUCCCUUUUGUUUAAAUAAAAUCAAUAAAUCAAUCAAUCAAUCAAUCGUAUUCAAAAAUUAAAACGUAGCAAUGAUUUAUUUAUUUUCUGGCAUUUAUCCAAAUUUUUUUCUAUUACUAUUAAUAAUGUACAUUACAUAAGUACAACUAUUGUAUUCUCAAAUGAGAAUUUGUUUUUUUUUUUUUUUUUUUAUUAUUUUUAUUAAUCGUCGUACCUCAGAUAAUUGUAAAAAAUUUUUUAGACAUUUGUUUCGAUUGGUUUUGUAUUUUUUUUUUCGAUUUAAUAAUUGUGCACUUAAUUAAAUUUUGGCAGUGUUAUGGUAAUUCCUAAUCUGAAGGCAAUAGGAUUUACAAAAUUCAGAUAAAUUUUUUUCUAUAAAUCUAACACAAAUUACUAUAAAAAUUUAUAAUUUUUAUAAAUUUUUAAAUUAAUGAUAUGUUGUAUUUAAAUUUUUUUUUGUGCGUUAUUUUUUUUUCGAAAUAGUUAUAUAUAUAUUUGUUGUUUAAUUAAAAAAUUAUUAUUAUUAUUUAUAAAAGAUUGUCGAUGUUGAGAGAAAAUAAUAUGAGUCAUCUGAGGUAACGACAUUUGAGGUAAUUGUGAGGUACGUUGCAAUCUACGUUAAUUUUUUAAUAAUCUUAUAAUUAAUAUUUAUUUUUCAUUAAAGAUUUAUUUUUAUUAUGUUUCGAAAAAUCUUAAUUAUCCAAAAUGGAUAUUAUUUUAUCAAUUUGAAAUUUAAUUUAUUCAUUUUGUAAUUGUUAUGUACUGUUCAUUUUGUACUGUUUAGCAAGGCAGCAUGUUGCACUUUGUUACUUUUUUUAAAAAUAUUUAUUAGACAACAU